AUGAAGCUCAAGGACAUCGCGCGCACGGCGACCUUCGCCUGGGACCCUUCCUCCGCUUCUGAGCCCCUCAUCGUCACUGGUGCGGUUGCGGGCGCACUUGACGAGAGCUUCUCCAACGACUCGCAGCUGGAGAUCUGGGCACCCAAGCUCUACGAGCGCGACGGUACUGAGUCGCAGGGCUACUCGCUCGGUGGACAAGGCGCAGGCCCAAAGGGCAGUGUCACAGUCUCGAGCCGCUUUAACAGACUCGCCUGGUCGCAGCCCGAGGCGUCCGCCAGCGGCCGCGGCAUCAUCGCUGCCGGCCUCGAGGCGGGCGAGGUCUGCCUCUACGACCCCGUCAAGAUCUUUGCGGGCGAGGACGCGCUCAUCUACAAGAAUGACAAGCACACGGGCCCCGUCCGCGGUCUCCACUGGAACCCCAUCAAGAAGAACCUCCUCCUUUCGGGCGGCGUCAAUGCUGAGCUCUACAUCCACAACCUCGACAGCCUGGGUGACCCGAUUCCACCUGGUCCCGUCUCGACCAAGCUUGGCGAGAUCACUUCGCUGGCGUGGAACCCAAGCGUUGCAAGCGUCUUUGCUGCUUCUUCGUCGUCGGGUUUCACUUCGAUCUGGGAUCUCCGUCACAGCAAGGAGAUCGCCGCUCUCCAGUAUGGCGGCGGCGCUGCCAAGGGCGACCACAUGUCUGGCCGUGCUGGCACGCAGAUCGGCAAGCGUCGCGGCAUGAGCGACCUCUGCUGGCACCCUGAUCAAGCGACGCGCCUAGUGACUGCGUCCGAGGACGACGAGUCGCCCAUCGUCAUGAUGUGGGACCUCCGCAACACCCGUGCCCCGGAGCGCAUCCUCUCGGGCCACACCAAGGGUGUCCUCUCCGUGGCCUGGUGCAGGGAGGACGCCGACCUGCUGGCGUCGUGUGGCAAAGACAACCGCACGAUUCUGUGGAACCCCCAGUCUGGCGAGAUCGUCGGCGAGCUCGCUCCGACCACCGACUGGUCGUUCGAGACCGCCUGGUGCCCCAGCAACCCCAACCUUCUCGCCGUUGCGUCGUUCGACGGCCACAUUGGUAUCAACUCGCUCCAGUCGACGGGCCCCAAGGAGCCGGAGGAGAACAAGCUGGCAGCCGACGCCACCGUCGACGACAUCUUUGCCAACCUCGGCUCGACCACCACGUCGGACGACAAGACCAACGCCCAGUCGCUCACCCAAGCGCCAAAGUGGAUGUACCGCCCGUGCACCGCGUCCUGGGGCUACGGCGGUGUUCUCGCCACCGUGUCUAACCUUCCAUCGGCUGCUGGUAAGCACCAGAGCAGCGUCGUUCACCUCCGCAAUGUAGUGACGGAGGAGACGAUCAUUGACCGCGCUAAGAAGCUCGAUGAGAUCGCGGGAGACAAGGACAAGCUCUCCGAGUUCACCACCUCCAAGGCCGAGAACCCGUCGUGGAAGGCACUCCAGUCGUUAUUCAAGGCUCACUCGCGCGACGAGUUGGUGAGCCUCCUCGGUUUCUCCAAGGAGGACCUUGCGCGCCAAGUCGACGAGCUUGUCAAGAAGCUUGUCCCGACGAUAGUCGAGGAGCCGCCCGAAGCCACCGAGGGUGAUACCACCCCCACGUCGGAGAUCAAGGACCCCAUGUCGGAGGCUGGCGACAAGACUCCCGAUGCCAAGUCGACCAGCUCCCUCUUCGCCGCCAGUGACGACCGCCCGGUUACCCCAGCUGACGUCGGAGGUGACACCGACUUCUUCUCGUCGAUGGCCGCGGGCUCGCUGCGCAGCCGUCAGUUCGGCUCGAUAAUCCCGCACCUCAACCAGCCCGCUAACUCGUCGGUCGCUGCCAUUGUCGGCUCCGCCCCGUCGUCUGUGCGCUCGGAGUCGAUCAAGGAGAACGUAUUCCGCAUUUAUCCUUCGGGAGAGUCGGACACUGAUCGUCUCAUCACUCAGGCGCUCGUCCUUGGCGACUUUGAUUCUGCCGUCAACCUCUGUCUCGCGUCCGAGCGAUUCGCUGACGCUCUUCUCCUCGCUGUACGCGGUGGACCGGAGCUUCUUCAGUCCACACAAAAAGCGUACUUCAACCGCCGCACACUGGCGCACCCCUUCCUGCGCGUGUACCAGUCAAUCGUCACAGAGGACCUGGCGGACAUUGUCCAAAACGCCGACCUCGCCGAGUGGAAGGUCGCGUUUGUCGUCCUCUGCACCUACGCCAAGGAGGCAGACUUUGCCAACCUCGUCGACCAGCUCGGCCGCCGUCUGCAGUUCAAGUGGCAGCUUCUCAGCGGCUCUGACAGCCCCGAGACCAAGGCCGAGGCCAAAGCCGCACGCGAGGACGCCACGCUCUGCUACCUCGCUGCCCGCAACCUUGAGCACGUCGUCGGGAUCUGGAUCAACGAGAUGCAUGAGGAGGAGGCUGCCACUAAGGCGCCCCUUUACUCGGCCCACGCCAAUGCGCUGCAGUCGUUUAUUGAGAAGGUUGCGGCCUUCCAGGCGGCGACUGGCUAUGUCGACAAGGAACUCACCACGACUGUCCCUCCCGAGGAGGCCGCUGUGCGCACCUACGCUCUCGCGGGUCUCUACGACCGCUUCUACGAGUACGCCGACCUGCUUGCCACCCAGGGCCUCGUCGACGUCGCUGCCAAGUUCAUCAAGAUGACUCCUAAGGACUACCGCGGUUCUGAUGGUCACCAGUUUGACAAGGCCCGCAGCCGCAUCUUCACCGCCGCUGGCAUCCCUGACAGUGCUGCGGCGUCGACGUCCACCGCUUUCGGCGCUCAGCCGGUCACUGCUGGCCCGACCACCUCAAGGGGGCAUAAGCCGUCGGGGUCGGUCAGCAGCCGCUACCCUCCCGCCCCUACUUUCUCUUCGGGCCCGUAUGCGUCUGCCUCUCCCUACGCCUCGCAGACGUCGCCGUACGCCCAGCCGAGCAACCCCUACGGUGCUCCUGCUCCUGGCCCUGCUCCUGCUCCUGCCCGUGGGCCGUCACCCGUCGUAUCUACUGGUCCGUACGCUCCUCCGCCGACUUCUGGUCCUUAUGCUCCGCCCGCGACCUCUGGCCCUUACGCUCCUCCCCCGUCUUCGCAGCCUGCUGGCCCGUACGGUCCAGCUACGACCUCCGCUCCCUCGAAUCCUUACGCACCUGCACCCGGUGCUGGCGCUUCGAGCCAAUUCAACACCCAGCCCUCGGCUUACGGUGCCAACACCUUCCAGCCGGCCGCGAACUUCGGUUCGAACGGCUACGACCAGUCGCAGGCAUACAACCCCUACGGCGGCUCGAACUACGGUGCACCCGCUGCCCCUGCUGCCCCUCCACUUGGUCCCCCUCCUCGCGCCACCGAGAACAAGGAGGCCAUCGUGCCGGCAUCGCAGCGCCGUGACAUUCCGGGGUGGAAUGAUGCACCAUCGCUGGCGCCUCCCAAACGUGACCGCGGCUCGGCAACGUCGACGCCCAAGCCUCAGCCCAUCACCUCACCGUUCCCGAUGUCGGAGCAAGCGCAGGCUCACCCUGGCCCCUUCUCGCCUCCCGGUCCCAGCUCGACCCCGCCUCCUCGCGGCGGCCCCCCCGGGGUACUCCCACCGCCUCCCAAGGGUGGUCCCCGGCCCCCGUCGGCAGCGAAGAACGCGUUGGGACCCCAGUCGCCCUACGGCCAGUCCCCGCAGCAGCCGAUGUACGGCCUGCCGCCUACCCAGUUUGGACAGCCGGCCCAGUCGCCUCCUCAGCAGCACGCGCCGCAUUACGCCCCGCCGCCCAAGGCCGGCCCGCCUCCACCCCGCGGGGCGCCCCGCGCAGGCCCUCCUCCAGGCGUUAGGGCCGGACCGCCUCCCCGCGCACUGUCGCCCCUUGGCCCUGGUAAGGGAGUGGCCGAGCACCGGGCACAGCCUCUGGGCUCGUUCUCCCCGCCUCUCAUGGCUGGCCCUCCUCCGCCCAGCGCGCGCGCUGGUCCUCCUCCUCCGGGGCGUGCAGGACCGCGCCCGCCCUCGCAUAGCCCGACGCCGCCCAACCCGCCCUCUCCACUCAAGGCGAUGCACCCCCCGGGUGACCGCUCGCACAUGGGUGACAAUGAGAAGCGCGUGUACGAGGCGCUGUCGAGCGAGUUUGCGCGCGUCAAGCAGGUGGUCAACCCCAACGCAGCUGGUACGGUCAAGAAGGUCAUAGAGGACACUGAGCGUCGCCUCAACAUCUUGUAUGACGAGCUCAACAACGACCGCGUCCCAGACAACACGGUCGACCGCAUCAACCAGAUCACGCAGGCGAUCAAGACGGGCGACGCAAGCAAUGCGAUGCACAUGCACACGGACUUGUUGACGAGCGCGACGACCGAUGUGGCCCACUGGGCGCCCGGCAUCAAGCAACUGAUCCGCCUUGGCCUUACGUCGGGAUAG